UCGUCUGAUAAUGUCGAAAUUACAUUAAAAUCAUUAGCGGCCGCAAACUAAAUUUAUCUUGGUUAAAACCGACGACGUCGUCUAAACGGGACCGGUGACACCGCCGACAGCCGCGGGUAUAAUGCGUAGGUAAUUUAAUAUCGUGUCGUCAGUUCCACGCGCAGGUUAUAAUACUCGUCACUGUAUCGACGUAGAUGGAUUUUAAAUAAUUUCAAUAAAUAGUAUUAUACAUCGCACUGACGCGCUGUUGUAAUGCGCUUGUAAACGAUAUUAUAAUAUUAUUAAAUUAGUGGCAAUAUUUGAUUUUUUUCUUUACCUCUCAAGUCUCAACAUGGUCAGGACCAAGCAAUCAGUGAGCUAUAAGAUUUCCAUUGGGAAAGUGCCUAAAAUUGCUGCGUGCAAAGCGGCCAUAGCCAGUAGCAGCAGUGGUUCGUCAUCGUCGUCGUCUCCGUCCACUUCCAAAAACAAAUACUCGAGUGGUGGUGGAAAUUCAGUGCACCCCAGAGAGAUUCCGUUUUGGCAGAAAGAGAUCACGUGCUUUUUCCAGGUGAAAAAAGACGAGGAACUACCACAGCCGUCGGCCAACGACGAGGACGACGACGUCGUCGAAUUGCCGCCGCCAGAAAUGAUGCAGGCGGGUUCGUCGAAAAUGUAGUACAGAAUAAGACUUUUAUAGUUUUAUCUUUAUACUUAUGAAUUCCCUAUAAGAAACCGACUCAAAGUCAUGUAUGUUCAUGAUUUUGUUACCCAGAUUUUGUUAGUUUGAAGUGAGUUCUUACCCUUGCAAGAAGUAUUUAUUUUUCAAUCGUAUUUUUUUUUUUUACCACACGUCUAUAUUUUUUUAUGUAUAGUUACAAUAUCAUUUAUUCACGUUUUUUUCUGUUCCAUCAUACGUAUAUCUAUUAUAUCCAUUAUAUAUUUUAUAAGCCAAUGUGUACGCAAACGACGAAAAACAAUAUUAUUUAAAUUUAUUUUUCAAUAUUGGAUAAACAAAAAUAUAAUAUAUUUAUUCAAUACCAAUAUUAUUAUGUACAUCAGCUCGGAAGCUCAGCUGUUGUGUAUAAGAUAUAUUUAUUUAAAAAAAAACCAAAGAGAAAUGUCAUUUUUGUUUCAUCGCUCUACGCGAAAUUAAAUGUUCAACGUUUAAAUUAAUUCAGUCAUUAUAUUAUUAAUUUUUUAUGCAAAAAAGUAAAAACUAUUGAACUAGUAAAUACUUAACACUGAUAUAUUAUUAUUAUAUAGACGGUACAUAAUAUUAUAUAAAAAUUAUAAACUUUUUA